UCAGUCAGCCCGCGGAUCCCGUCGCACGCUCCCCACUGCCCCGCGAUUUUCGCGUGGGCUUAGAGGCGGAGGGACAACAAAAAAUGGCGGAGCGGAGCCAGACGGUGCCUGAGGCAGGCAAUGAUAUGGGAAAUGAUGAUGCCAUCGGAGGGAAUGUGAGCAAAUAUAUGGUGCUUCCGUCUGGAUACUGUGGACAGUCCAAGAAAGGACAUCUUAUCUUUGAUGCUUGCUUUGAAAGCGGUAACCUUGGAUGGGUAGACCAGGUCUCUGAAUUUGAGUAUGACUUAUUCAUUAGGCCGGAUACCUGUAAUCCACGCUUCCGAGUCUGGUUCAACUUUACUGUUGAAAACGUGAAAGAAUCACAGAGAGUCAUUUUCAACAUUGUUAACUUCAGUAAAACCAAGAGUCUUUAUAGAGAUGGAAUGGCUCCUAUGGUGAAAUCUACAAGCAGACCCAAAUGGCAAAGGCUGCCACCUAAAAAUGUUUACUACUACCGGUGCCCGGACCAUAGGAAGAAUUAUGUGAUGUCCUUUGCAUUUUGUUUUGACCGAGAAGAAGAUAUUUACCAGUUUGCUUACUGCUACCCAUAUACAUACACACGCUUUCAGCAUUACCUUGACAGCCUGCAAAAGAGAAACAUGGAUUACUUCUUUCGGGAGCAGCUGGGUCAGAGCGUGCAACAGCGGCAGCUUGACCUCCUGACAAUAACCAGCCCCGACAACCUUCGGGAAGGAGCAGAGCAGAAGGUAGUAUUCAUCACAGGACGAGUCCACCCAGGGGAAACACCCUCUUCAUUUGUGUGCCAAGGGAUCAUUGACUUCCUCAUAAGCCAGCACCCUAUUGCCCGUGUCCUACGGGAACACCUGGUCUUCAAGAUUGCACCAAUGCUCAACCCUGAUGGAGUCUACCUGGGCAAUUACAGGUGCUCUCUGAUGGGGUUUGACCUGAACCGUCACUGGCUGGAUCCCUCUCCGUGGGCCCACCCUACCCUGCAUGGAGUGAAACAGCUCAUCAUCCGGAUGUACAAUGACCCAAAAACAAGCCUGGAGUUUUAUAUUGACAUCCAUGCCCACUCCACCAUGAUGAAUGGCUUCAUGUAUGGCAACAUCUUUGAAGAUGAGGAACGAUUCCAGAGGCAGGCCAUUUUCCCCAAGCUCCUCUGCCAGAAUGCUGAGGAUUUCUCCUACUCCAGCACAUCCUUUAACCGGGAUGCUGUGAAAGCAGGAACCGGACGUCGCUUCCUCGGUGGGCUACUGGACCACACUUCCUAUUGCUACACCCUGGAGGUCUCCUUCUACAGCUACAUCAUCGGGGGUACCACAGCCGCUGUGCCCUACACUGAGGAAGCCUAUAUGAAGCUGGGAAGGAACGUGGCGAGAACGUUUUUGGAUUAUUAUCGGCUGAACCCCCUGGUCGAGAAAGUGGCAAUUCCCAUGCCGAGGCUGCGGAAAGAAAAGCCCCCUCCCUACAAGCACCCACUCCUGCGGGGCCCAGCCAGGAACCACCCCAACGGCAAAGGCGACAAGAAGAGCUCCGUGAACCACAAAGACCCUUCAAACUCUUUUUAA